CGCCCGAGUUGCUGAGGAUCAGAGAGUGUUGUUGUGCGCAUAUUUGAUCAACAACUUGCAGUUACGAAACAUACUUCAUUCUUUCUUGGCAACAGAAAACACAUGUUGAAGGAACCCACUCCCUGUGGACAUUACUAACUGCCUGAUACCUGGUACUCAAUUAAGUGCCAAUAUGGCUCCUGUUGAUGAUGUUAUGGCGUGGGGAGAGUCAAUCGACCAUCUUCUGGAGUGUAAAACGGGCCAGCUGGUGUUUGAGGACUUCUUGAGGACAGAAUACAGUGAGGAAAACCUUUUAUUUUGGCUCGCCUGUGAAGAGUACAAGAAAAUCACCAGCCAGAAAGAAAUGGCGGUUGCUGCCAAGAGGAUCCACGCUGAGUUUGUCCAAGUUGAUGCGCCUAGACAGAUAAACAUUGACUGUGUGACGAGAAGAGAAAUCAGUGAAAAUCUCUCUCAGCCGGAGCCAAAUUGCUUCGACAGGGCGCAGAGACUGAUAUACGCUCUGAUGGAAAACGACUGUUAUCCGCGAUUUCUGAAAUCAGAAAUGUACCAAGCUCUCCUGGAGCAGGCUGAACAGCAAUGAAAGCAACAUGAAGGGGGGGAGAAAAAAAAGCUUGUCCAACGUCUCUCUGAAUGAUUGAUUCUGCACUUCAGCCGACUCUCCUUAGAAUCUCAGUUUAAA